GACCGCUGAAAAACUUGUUGUUGUCGCGGAAAAUGGCGUCAAACGUAGAAGCCCCGGAGCGCUGGUACCUCGCCCUACUCGGCUUCGCGGAGCAUUUCCGAACCUCCAGCCCUCCCAAAAUACGCCUGUGCGUGCAUUGUCUUCAGGCCGUGUUUCAGUUUAAGCCGCCACAGAGGAUUGAGGCCCGUACGCAUCUCCAACUGGGCUCGGUUCUCUACCACCACACCAAGAACAGCGAGCUGGCCCGCAGCCACCUGGAGAAGGCGUGGUUUAUUUCCCAGCAAGUCCCUCAAUUUGAAGAUGUCAAGUUUGAAGCUGCAAGCAUUUUAUCUGAACUAUUCUGCCAACAGAAUUUGGUGGACUCUGCAAAGCCUCUUUUGCGCAAGGCCAUCCAGAUUUCUCAACAAACACCAUAUUGGCACUGCAGGCUGCUGUUCCAGCUGGCGCAACUUCACACACUGGAGAAAGACUUGGUGUCGGCAUGCGACCUUCUGGGCGUCGGAGCGGAGUACGCCCGCGUGGUGGGCUCAGAAUACACCAGGGCGUUGUUUCUCCUCAGUAAAGGAAUGCUACUGCUAAUGGAGAGGAAGCUAGGGGAGGUGCAUCCCCUGCUCACACUGUGUGGAACCAUCGUAGAGAACUGGCAGGGAAACCCCAUCCAAAAGGAGUCCUUGAGGGUCUUCUUCUUGGUCUUGCAGGUCACACACUACUUGGACGCUGGACAGGUAAAGAGUGUUAAGCCGUGCCUGAAGCAGCUACAGCAGUGCAUCCAGACCAUUUCUACACUCCAUGACGACGAGAUUCUGCCGAGCAACCCAGCUGACCUCUUCCACUGGCUACCUAAGGAGCACAUGUGUGUUCUUGUAUAUCUAGUGACUGUGAUGCACUCCAUGCAAGCGGGCUACCUUGAGAAAGCACAGAAGUACACAGACAAGGCUCUAAUGCAGCUAGAGAAACUAAAAAUGUUGGACUGCAGCCCGAUCCUUUCUACCUUUCAAGUCAUUUUACUGGAGCACAUUAUCAUGUGUAGGCUCGUCACAGGCCACAAGGCCACUGCGUUACAGGAGAUCUCACAGGUGUGUCAGCUUUGCCAACAGUCUCCCAGGUUAUUCACCAACCACGCUGCUCAGCUUCACACGCUAUUAGGCCUCUACUGUAUCUCAGUCAACUGUAUGGAUAAUGCAGAGGCACAGUUUACGACAGCGUUGCGGCUCACCACACACCAGGAACUAUGGACUUACAUUGUCACUAACCUGGCCAGCGUCUACAUCAGGGAAGGAAACCGACAUCAAGAGUUGUACAGCCUCCUAGAGAGAAUAAACCCAGACCACAACUUCCCAGUCAGCUCACAUUGCCUACGCGCCGCUGCCUUCUACAUCCGGGGACUGCUCUCCUUCUUCCAAGGCCGCUACAACGAGGCAAAACGGUUCUUGAGAGAAACACUCAAGAUGUCCAAUGCUGAGGACCUGAACAGACUGACCGCCUGCUCGCUUGUUCUGCUGGGCCACAUCUUCUAUGUACUGGGCAACCACAGAGAAAGCAACAACAUGGUGGUCCCUGCCAUGCAGCUCGCCAGCAAGAUCCCCGACAUGUCCGUGCAGCUUUGGUCCUCUGCGUUGUUAAAGGAUUUGAACAAGGCGCUCGGCAACACCAUGGAUGCCCACGAAGCAGCCCAGAUGCACCAGAACUUCUCCCAGCAGCUUCUGCAGGACCACAUCGCAGCCUGCAGCCUUCCCGAGCACAAUCUCAUCAGCUGGACCGACGGCCCUCCUCCUGUCCAGAUCCAAGCCCAGAAUGGCCCCACUACGAGCCUAGCAAGCCUGCUAUGAGGAGGACUUUGUAUGUAUGUAUGUGUGUGUGUGUGUGUGUGUGUGUGUGUGUGACUGUGAGUGCGUAUGUAUGUAGUUGGUACAUUGUCACAGGCAACCAAAUGACAUCUUAAAAGUUGCUAUCAUUUUAGUCCAGAUUCAAAUACAGUGGUGCCGCGGUUUUUGUAUUAUUCGGUUUUAAGCCAACAUUUUCAUGAAGAAUGUAUGUUGUAGUACGAAUAAACACAUUUUUUAAAAUUCAGUCAUAUAGACAAAGACAUAUAAUAUACAGUAAAAUUCCAAUCGAAGUCAACGAGACUCUGGUUUCCAAAAUGUCUGCGAAUGCACCACGCCUCUACGGUAAGUUUAGCCAAACAAUCAAGAGUAUUAUGGCACUUACUGGCUGUCCUCUGUAGUUUGGUUGAGAGCCUCGUCUUGCACUAAUAGCUUGAUUGCAGAGGUGGAAUUUGUGGGCUCGAAGAGAGUUACAAGCAUCGCAGAGUCACGACGGUGUGAUUGACUUAUGCAAUCACAAAGUUGUGUGUUUUUGGCUACAAGACGAGUGACAUUACUAUGAUAAAUAGGGUGAGAAAAUACAAACCCCGUUUCUAUAUGAGUUGGGAAAUUGUGUUAGAUGUAAAUAUAAACGGAAUACAAUGAUUUGCAAAUCCUUUUCAACCCAUAUUCAAUUGAAUGCACUACAAAGACAAGAUAUUUGAUGUUCAAACUCAUAAACUUUUUUUUUUUUUUGCAAAUAAUAAUUAACUUAGAAUUUCAUGGCUGCAACACAUGCCAAAGUAGUUGGGAAAGGGCAUGUUCACCACUGUGUUACAUCACCUUUCCUUUAACAACACUCAGUAAACGUUUGGGAACUGAGGAGGCACAUUUUUUAAGCUUCUCAGGUGGAAUUCUUUCCCAUUCGUACAGCUUAAGUUGUUCAACAGUCCGGGGGUCUCCGUUGUGGUAUUUUAGGCUUAAUAAUGCGCCACAUAUUUUCAAUGGGAGACAGGUCUGGACUACAGGCAGGCCAGUCUAGUACCCGCACUCUUUUACUAUGAAGCCAUGUUGAUGUAACACGUGGCUUGGCAUUGUCUUGCUGAAAUAAGCAGGGGCGACCAUGGUAACGUUGCUUGGAUGGCAACAUAUGUUGCUCCAAAACCUGUAUGUACCUUUCAGCAUUAAUGGCGCCUUCACAGAUGUGUAAGUUACCCAUGUUUUGGGCACUAAUACACCCCCAUACCAUCUCAGAUGCUGGCUUUUCAACUUUGCGCCUAUAACAAUCCGGAUGGUUCUUUUCCUCUUUGGUCCGGAGGACACGACUCCACAGUUUCCAAAAACAAUUUGAAAUGUGGACUCGUCAGACCACAGAACACUUUUCCACUUUGUAUCAGUCCAUCUUAGAUGAGCUCAGGCCCAGCGAAGCCGACGGCGUUUCUGGGUGUUGUUGAUAAACGGUUUUCGCCUUGCAUAGGAGAGUUUUAACUUGCACUUACAGAUGUAGCGACCAACUGUAGUUACUGACAGUGGGUUUCUGAAGUGUUCCUGAGCCCAUGUGGUAAUAUCCUUUACACACUGAUGUCGCUUGUUGAUGCAGUACAGCCUGAGGGAUCGAAGCUUAGCUUAGCUGCUUACGUGCAGUGAUUUCUCCUGAUUCUCUGAACCCUUUGAUGAUAUUACGGACCGUAGAUGGUGAAAUCCCUAAAUUCCUUGCAAUAGCUGGUUGAGAAAGGUUUUUCUUAAACUGUUCAACAAUUUGCUCACGCAUUUGUUGACAAAGUGGUGACCCUCGCUCCAUCCUUGUUUGUGAAUGACUGAGCAUUUCAUGGAAUCUACUUUUAUACCCAAUCAUGGCACCCACCUGUUCCCAAUUUGCCUGUUCACCUGUGGGAUGUUCCAAAUAAGUGUUUGAUGAGCAUUCCUCAACUUUAUCAGUAUUUAUUGCCACCUUUCCCAACUUCUUUGUCACGUGUUGCUGGCAUCAAAUUCUAAAGUUAAUGAUUAUUUGCACAAAAAAAAAAUGUUUAUCGGUUUGAACAUCAAAUAUGUUGUCUUUGUAGCAUAUUCAACUGAAUAUGGGUUGAAAAUGAUUUGCAAAUCAUUGUAUUCCGUUUAUAUUUACAUCUAACACAAUUUCCCAACUCAUAUGGAAACGGGGUUUGUACUUUGAAUAUCAGAAAACAAAGUAAAGAGGUGGCGUUUGUGAGGCCAUCCCCUGCUACCUUCUUUCCCAUGCCACUCAUCGCCAACAAGAGCUUUUAACAGAGUAAAUAUUUGUUUAUCCAUUUUUGUGUUAACAUUUUUACAUUAUUUGACUUUCAACCGAUCCUUUGGAAGAGAUUAAUAACCAAAACCAAGGUACCACUUAAUUUGCUUUUGAACAAUUACCACUACUGCUUGUCAAGUUUGGGCUGGACUCUGAGAACUUCUCCACUUCCACCAUUGAGACCCCUUCAUCUACAUUUUGCCAGCUUCCUUUUCCAUUUCUCGGGAAAACCAGGUGACGGGUAGACAAGAGGGUAGUAAAGAUGUAGAAGUAAUUAAUUUAUUCAUGUCAAUAUUUUUGUAUCUGUUGUUAAAUAUUCGACCAUCAUUCUUUCAUUACAAUUGUUUUGGUUUUGUUUGGAUGCAUUCGUUUCCAUGUAUGGAAGUUACUGAUGUGGACUCCUUGUACAUUACUUUCUGACCUGGGUUUGCGAAUAAGAUAUUCUGGGUAGAUAUUUUUUGCACAAAAUCCAUAUUAGAGAAGUAAAGACAUGUUGUAAUAUAUUUUUCACACAAUAAUCAGUUGAAAUGUUUUUUUGCAACUUUUUUGGAGUGAAUGCAUUUCUUAAAAAAAACAAGUGUUCAGUUUUCAUUAUCAAUCGUUUCGAUGUCUAAGUUGAGUUUUAUAAUAUCAUUGUGUUGUGGCUUUUUUUUGAAGAUGACACUUAUUUUUUUAUUUUUUUUCAUAAUAUAUUAAAUUGAUGUAUUCAUUUUUACAAAGUUCAGGUGUUUUUCAGCUAACUGUAACCUCCAGGUAGUUUUUUUUUUUUACAUUUUACAAAUCGGUCCCUGUUCUACUCGGUUGUUUCCUUCACAGUUCGUGUGUACAAAUUUGCCACUCAUUGAACAUUUUAUUGUACAGUGACAUUUUAUAAAAUUCAAUUUAGAAAAGUGUCAUGUAUUUUUAGCCCUAAUUAUGUAGAAUGAUCUCAAUGCUUCGUAUUUAAGGCACUGUUAUGGAUACAGUUUAAACUUGAGUACUAGUUGAACUCUAUUAAUAUCUACGUUUUUAUUGCUCAUGUUUUCAAUAAUUUUCCAAUAAAAGUCUAAAAUAUUGAA